AUGCUGCACACGUCUCUCGUUGCACACCGCGCUGCCGCUGAGGCUACCGGGGCGCCGGUCUCCUACAGGCAUCAAGAGAAGAUUCGCCUCUAUCGUUGCUUGCUGAAGGGGGCCCAUGGCUUUCCAAUGCGCUCGCGCCGCGACGUCAUCACCGAGGAGGUGCGGAGUACCUUCCGAGACCCGAACAACGAGUUGCUGAGUGAGAAGGACAUCGACUACCGGCUCAUCCUCGGAUGGGAGCGGGCCAAGUCGAUCAAGACGUACGCGGAGAACAUGCACUGGUUUCACUCGCGCGAUGAGGUGACGAAGGAGAUGAUGUACUUCUCCGAAGAGCGGGACCGCAAGAAGGCGGAGGAGAUGCGCCGCUUCAACCAAGUCGGUGACAUCCGCCGCAAAACGGAGGAGGUGACGGAGUUCAAGUCGACCUACUACAACGUCCACCCUGAUUACCACUCCAAAAUUGGCCAGAAGCCGCUGACUCACUCACGGGACGUGUGGCGUGCACGCGGGCAGUACGGCUCGGACGUGGGUGGGCCGCGGCAGAAGUUUUUCGUGCGUCGCUUCAAGGCCAUGUUUCCGCAAGGCUGGUGA